AGCGUGUGUGAGAGAGAGAGAGAGAGAGGGCGAGAGAGUGGAAUAUCCAUUCUGUGUGGGACAGGAAAACUGAAUAAAAAACAUCUAGUAACAGAAGAGGGGUAAACAUAUGACAACCAAACGGAGGGACCCUGAAAAGUGAGAACAGGUUAAGAAACCCACUGGAGAACUUCCUUAUUUGGAUUACAUCUGCUCACCUGGUUUCACUUCCUGUCUCCAUCGGUGACGACGCCUACCAACCGUUGCCAUGGGCGAAAUGGAGGAGCUGCGAAAGGAGGCGGACAACCUCAAAGAUCAGAUCACUGAGGCCCGAAAGGUAGUGCAGGACACCACCCUGCAGGAGGCGGUUGCCGGGACGACGCUUGUCGGACGUGUCCAGCUGAAGACCAGGAAGACGCUGAGGGGUCACCUGGCCAAGAUCUAUGCCAUGCACUGGGGCACUGACACCAAUUGUAGCAAGUUGUGUGUCAGUGCCUCUCAAGAUGGAAAGCUGAUAGUAUGGGACACCUUGACCACCAACAAGGUGAGCGCCAUCCCUCUGAAGUCGUCGUGGGUGAUGACGUGUGCCUACGCGCCCUCAGGGAACAUGGUGGCAUGUGGCGGUCUCGACAACAUGUGCUCCAUCUACAACCUCAAGGGCAAGGACGGCAACGUCAAGGUCAUGCGGGAGCUGGCCGCACACACAGGUUACCUGUCCUGCUGUCGUUUCCUUAGCGACAGUGAGAUCAUCACCAGCUCUGGCGACUGCACCUGUGUUCUAUGGGACAUUGAGACAGGGACAGAGAAGACCAUCUUUGCGGGCCACUUGGGUGACUGCAUGUCCCUGGCCGUGUCCCCCGACUUCAAGAUGUUCAUCUCGGGGGCGUGUGACUUCACGGCCAAACUGUGGGACAUCAGGGAAGCCACCUGCAGACAGACAUUCAGCGGCCACGAGAGUGACAUCAACGCCAUCGGGUUCUUCCCCAAUGGUAAUGCGGUUAUAACGGGCUCAGACGAUGCCACCUGUAAGCUGUAUGACCUGAGAGCAGACCAGGAGCUCAUCACCUACCAGGACUCGGGCAUCAUGUGUGGGGUGACCUCCCUCGCCCCGUCCCUCUCCGGCCGCCUUUUACUGGCCGGAUACGAUGACUUCAACGUCAACAUCUGGGACAUGCUUAAAGCCGAGAGAGUGGGAGUGCUGGCUGGUCAUGACAACAGGGUGAGCUGCAUCGGAGUAUCCUCGGACGGAAUGGCAUGCUGCACAGGAUCCUGGGACAGCUUCCUGAAGAUAUGGAACUGAGCCAGUCCUCUAGGACAGACAGAACGAAAGACUAAGGAGAGCGGAAUAGAGGAAGAAUAUCAUGAAAACCUGGUAGAUUGAC